CCCCUCCUUUUACUUUACUUCCUAACCAACUUUCAUUUCCACGUCAACUCGGACAGUUUGGUGUUAACUAUCCCGGACUAUCGUUACCGCGAUGGCUUCUUCGCCUCAGAAGUCCCCGUCCUCUCCGAAAUCUCCGACGCCCAAAUCCCCGUCUUCCAGAAAGAAAGAUGACUCUUUCCUGGGAAAACUUGGUGGAACUUUGGCAAGAAGGAAAAAGGCUAAAGAAGUGUCUGAGCUUCAGGAAGAAGGGAUCAAUGCCAUCAACCUUCCCCUCAGCCCUUCCCACUAUGAGCUGGACCCUGAGGACACCAUGCUAGAGGAGAAUGAAGUACGCACCAUGGUGGACCCCAAUUCCAAGAAUGACCUCAAACUGCAGGAGCUCAUGAAGGUGUUGAUUGACUGGAUAAACGAUGUCCUGGUCGGGGAGAGGAUCAUUGUGAAGGAUCUGGCUGAAGAUCUGUAUGACGGACAGGUCCUGCAGAAACUAUUUGAAAAGCUGGAAGGUGAAAAACUGAACGUGGCAGAGGUGACCCAGUCUGAGAUUGCCCAGAAACAGAAGCUGCAGACUGUUUUAGAGCGCAUCAAUGACUCUCUCAAACUCUCCACCAGGAACAUUCGCUGGAAUGUUGACUCGGUUCAUGCUAAGAGUAUAGUCGCCAUCUUGCACCUGCUGGUGGCGCUGUCGCAGCACUUCAGAGCACCAAUCAGAUUGCCAGACCACGUUUCAAUUCAAGUAGUGGUCGUCCAGAAAAGAGAGGGUAUCCUUCAGUCCAGGCAAAUUCAGGAGGAAAUCACUGGCAACACAGAGGCUUUCUCUGGCAGACAUGAGCGGGACGCUUUUGACACCCUGUUUGACCACGCUCCGGAUAAACUCAAUGUUGUAAAAAAGACAUUGAUUACAUUUGUGAACAAACACCUGAAUAAACUCAACCUAGAGGUGUCUGAAUUGGACACACAGUUUGCAGAUGGCGUUUAUCUGGUAUUGCUGAUGGGGCUGUUGGAGGGAUACUUUGUGCCACUCUACAACUUCUUCCUCACACCAGAGAAUUUUGACCAAAAGGUCCACAACGUGUCCUUCUCCUUUGAGCUGAUGCAGGACGGAGGUCUGGAGAGACCAAAGCCCCGGCCAGAGGAUAUAGUGAACUGCGACCUCAAAUCGACCCUGCGCGUCCUCUACAACCUCUUCACCAGGUACAGGAGCGUAGACUGAGCGCCACGCGUAGCAAGAGGGAACACUUUAUACCAUGGACUACAUGCUAAAGCUUAACAAUAUGUUUUUCCUUCUGUUUAAUGUAGGAAUCUGAUUUUAUCUGAAUGCAUGCAUCACAUUUUUGUCCCUGUUGGAUAAUGUACCACACACAAAAUCUAAUUUUCCUUUAUUCCUGCCAUUCCUGAGACAUUUGGCUUAUGUGCCACAAAAUGGUGACUGUUAAAUAGUAAAUCUGGCAUUGCUAUACAGUCCUAGAGACAACUAUGAACUAAAUAAGAUAAUAAUAUUUAGUUAAGUCGUAGAGGUAAAUCUGUAAUAAUUUUGAUUUUGUCACCCCGCAUUGAAAUCAUGAAGCGGAGAUUUUAGGGGAACAACACUUGCGAAAGAAAAUGUUUUACUGUAUUUAUUGUACAUUUUGAUACACUUGUUUUUACUUUUCCCUGUCUUCUCUCUGCUCCUGUCAUUCAUAAGUGCCUUUUCAUUUAAACAUGUGAACACAGCUCCCAGUACUUAAAAUUGGGACGCAUGUGCUCCUAGUUGUCUUAACACUCCACAUUUUCUUAGCAUGUGUGGAGGAACAUUUUAAAUAUCUGACCAAAGCUCUGUUUCACACAUUCACACUGUAAAACGUAUAAAGGCUUUAUUCUGCAGCCACUCGCUUUCUUGUAUAUCGUAGCAUGUAUCUUAUUUUUAAUUGGGGUACAUACAUAUGUUAUACUCACACUGCUGUUUGUGGUAUGUACAUCAUAUUUUAAUAUGCAAGACAAAGGACAUUUGACUGAAUAUAUUAAAUGUUUUAGGCAAGAAA